UCCUCACCAAGUACUGAUCUUUAUGAAGUCUUUUUGGCUCUGCUACCUGCUGCUUUCUACCCAAUACCUACUUCAAACUAGCUCUCUUUCCUUCAACUUCGACUUCUCCCAACCUGGCCACAUACAAAACAUAAAUUUCCUGGGCGACGCCUCCUUCAAUACCAGCAACCCGUUGAUUGAGCUGACGAAGAGUAACAGGAGCGCUGGCCUAGACAACAGCAUAGGCCGGGCGUCCUAUGCACAACCGGUGACCAUCUGGAACGACGUCACUGGUGAGGUCGCAACUUUCACCACUACCUUCUCCUUCCGUAUCGAGACUAAGAACAUAAACAACGGCAACAAUGGCGACGGGAUGGCUUUCUUCCUGGGGCACUACCCGUCGAGCAUCCCUAGCGCAAGCGCUGGCGCCAACCUGGCCCUGUUCAGCACGGGCGCAACCAGCACGGGCGCUACGGGGGAUAAUCGGGUGGUGGCGGUGGAAUUCGACACGUACAUGAACGCGGAGUACAUGGACAACAGCAACAAUCACAUCGGCAUCGACGUCAACUCCCUCAUCUCCAAGAACUCGACGGACACCAACGUGCCAGGCAAGAACCUUACCUCCGGCCUCUUGAUGACCUGCCGGAUCGCUUACGACAGCAGCAAGGAGCUUCUUGCUGCUGAUCUUCAGAUUGGCGAUACGAGCUACCACGUGGAAGCAAGUGCCGAUCUGAGGCAACUCUUGCCAAGCCAGGUGGCCAUUGGCUUCUCGGGGGCUACUGGCAUAGCUCAAGAGCUUCACCGGGUACUGUCCUGGUCAUUUAACUCAACACUCGUUAGGUCCCCUACACCUGCACCUGAAAAUGGUCAUGGUAGUCGAAAUUUCAUGUCCAAGGUUCCGUGGAGGAUAGUAGGGCCAAUAAUCGGAGUACUAACUGUGGUAGCUGCUUUGUUCGUAUGUCUACGGAAGCCAUGGACAAGAAAGAAGCCAGCUUCAAGUCAGGAACGAGAUGAGAGACAAGAACCAAUCUUGAAAGACUCACCUGCCAACGUCCCGAGACCUUUCAGCUACCGUGAGCUGGCCAAGGCGACAAACAAUUUUGCAGCGCAAAGUAAGCUCGGGGAAGGGGGCUAUGCCGUCGUUUACAAGGGCCAACUGAAGAAUCCAAACCGACUCGUGGCCAUAAAAAACUUCAAACUCGUAAGGCAAUCAGCUACUGAAAGGAGGAAGGCGUUCGAGGAUGAAAUCAAGGUUAUUAUUAAAGUCAGGCAAAGGCACCUGGUUGAGUUAGUAGGCUGGUGCAUUGAUGAAGAAAAGGAUAUCGUCUCACUUGUUUACGAGCUUGUGUCAGAAGGUAGCCUCCAUGAACAUUUGCACAAGGGAAGGAGUUGGUUGUCAUGGCCCAGCAGGCAUCAGAUUAUCCUCGAUCUAGGGUGUGCCCUGCGGUAUCUUCAUGGAGAGUGCACGGAGUGCAUCUUACAUGGUGACAUAUCAGCAUCUAACAUACUGCUCGAUGAAAAGCAUGGAACGAAAUUGGCCGACUUCGGGUUGGCAAGGUUGAUGGACCAUGCCAUGGAGCUGAAAACGACCUGCAAUUUGGCUGGAACGCCAGGCUACAUCGACCCGGAUUUUGUGAACAUCGGGAAGCGGAGCAGGGAGUCGGAUGUCUACGGCUUCGGCAUUGUUCUUCUGGAGACAGUCACUGGCCGAAGCCCUGCUGCUGCUGCUGCUGCUGCUGCCGGAGACCUUGUGUCCCCCUUGCUAAAGUGGGCAUGGGGCAUUCAGCGCAGCAGUACGAUCCUUGAUGCAGCGGAUCCAAGGCUCAGAGACGAGUGCACGAGUGAUCAGCAAGACCAGAUGGAGCGUGUGCUGCAGGUCGCGCUCUGGUGCGCGCACACCGAACCGACACAGCGGCCGUCCAUCAAUGAGGCCAUGAGGGCCUUGGAGUCGAGGGAUGUGGCGAUCCCUCGUUUACCACCGCCAGGGUUUGUGGCUCGUCCAUCAAAUCUUGUACUUGAUGACAUGUCAUGUGAGACCUCAGAUAGUGUUAUCUCCCCCGCUAGCAGCCGUGCCUAGCCACAGCUAGCACGCCCAUCUAGCUUAU